AUGUUCAUAAAGAUAAAGGGCGCCUACACGAACUUAUUUAACAGCGAAUUAGCCCUCGAGGAACGAUUGAACAGCGGAACCGAACUUUGCGAGUUACUGGAGAGCGUGUCAGUCGACAGUGAACUGAAGGACUGUAUUUACGAAAUUUUCAUCAAUGUCCAACAUUUUCUCACGGAAACCCAACCCCAGUUUAUUAAAGAGUCCCCGGUGCAACGUCUACGACAUAUUUGCUUAGAGAUCCUGCAAAAAAUUCGCAAUGUGGAUUUCUUCAAACCCUACGCCCCCUCUCUAAUAAGCUUACUGUUUAAGCUAAUUGAACAUGAAAAUGAGGAAAACGUUCUUCUCUGCAUAAAACUCAUCAUUGACCUGCACAAGUUUUAUCGCCCACAGUUUUCCCUCGAUCCAGCCUUUCGCCAGGACAAAUUUAUUGAUUUUCUCGCGGCGCAAGUGAAAACCCUAUCCUUUCUGGCGUAUGUCAUCAAGAUCUACCAGGAUCUUGUUGAGCAGCACUCAGCUGCCCUGGUCAAAGGCAUGAUGAAUCUCCUAGUUACCUGCCCGCCGUCAGUUACCAAUAUGCGCAAGGAGUUCUUCAUUGCAGCUCGGCACAUCCUCGGCGCACAGGAAAUCCGGCCGAGGUUUUUACCAGUACUUGAUGAUCUGAUGAGGGAGGACAUUUUGAUUGGCCAGGGCUACACAGUACAUGAUGCACUUCGACCCCUAGCCUAUAGCACUCUUGCGGAUCUGACGCAUCACCUGCGCUCAGAGUUGAGCCUCACCAAGAUUGCCCGCGCCAUCGAUCUGUACGGACGAAACAUGUUCGACGACAGUCUACCCUUCUCCAUCCAACAGAUGAGCCUCAAACUGUUGCUCAAUCUGGUGGAAUGUAUUCGCCAGCGAGCCGUUGCCAGUACUGCCACCUGGGCUCCGGACAGCACCACCGGAGGCGCUGUUGCAGCCUCCUCUAAGUGGUCUCAACGUCAGAUAAGUACUGCCGCAGCUCGUCGUCUGCUCCUGCAAAUUAUGCGCCUUUGCGUGCUUAAGUGCCAGAUUAUUGCAGGACACCUGUUGCCAGAAAUUGAGACCAAAUGUAUGAAAGAGGAUUGUGAAUCAUCCGACGGCGGUGCCACCCGAUCUCAGACAAAGUCCAGUUUUAUAACCAGCUCCCGCACAGACGUUCCAGCGCCCCGGGACGCCAUGGAUACGGAUGAUAUUCAACCGAACGCUCGACCGGAGCCUUGUCCGCACUGGAACUCGCCUCUACCACAGGCCCUGUGCUCGCCUGAAGACUAUGGCGCUGCCGGGUCAGGAAACGCAGACGAACUGAGUGACCCGGCCAAUCAGCCUUCUCCGAAGCUACUGCAACCGGCUGAAGUAGCCGUCCUGUUUGAUUACCUUACUCACGGUCUACGCAUGCUGGACGUGCUGCGAAUAGUCUCCAAAGAUGGCCAACUGUUCUUGCGCGGGCCUCAGUCCGGCGCAAAGUACCCGGAUGAACGCUUCCUGUUGGAGACGGUUGCAAUGACCUUUGUCCCCUUGAACCCCAUCUCCUUUAGAGAGAUAUUUUCUGGCCAAAUCGGCUACAUCGUCGAGUGGUGUCGGAAGAGUCCCUUCUUCUACACGAAUUUCGCCUUUCACUUGCUCUCUCAACUUAGUCAGACAUCCAACUUUGGUCAUAUCCUUCUGAACUUCCUUGUUGACAGAUUGGAGAAAUUGGGAGAGGGGACUGAUGAAUCCUUCAUCUACAUGCGACUUCUGAAACUGUGCUUCAACUCUGUAAACAUGUCUGGCACCGAAAACGAACACGUGAUGAGGCUCUUCCUGCGACGCAUCGUCCAGGGUAGCAUGCAGUACUGUCUGGAGGCACGCGAACCAACCGCCUACUUAACCCUGCUGCGCACCCUUUUUCGAUCCAUCGGCGGUGGCGCUCACGACAAACUCUACCGUGAAUUCUUUCCCCUUCUGCCGGAGAUGCUGACCACGCUGAAUCGACUCCUACGCUCAGCGCACCGAGCCUCCGCACGCGACCUGCUCAGUGAACUCUGCGUCAUUGUACCCGUUCGCCUCUCCGCCCUCCUCCCCUAUCUUUCCCUCUUGAUGGAGCCUCUCAUCUACGUGCUCAAUUGUAACACGGUCAGCCAGGUAGGCAGAGUCGUCCGCAGUGGCCUUGUCCGCCCCUCCUCCCCCCUUGAAUGUUUUUGCCUGCUAAAACGUACUUAG